GAGGAUGAAGCGGCGCAAUGCGGACUGCAGCAAACUAAGACGGCCGUUAAAACGGAACCGAAUCACCGAGGGUAUCUACGGCAGUACCUUCCUGUACCUGAAGUUCCUGGUGGUGUGGGCACUGGUGCUGCUCGCAGACUUUGUACUUGAAUUCAGGUUUGAGUACCUCUGGCCUUUCUGGCUCUUCAUGCGGAGCGUGUACGACUCCUUUAGAUACCAGGGACUGGCCUUCUCAGUAUUCUUUGUUUGUGUGGCGUUUACCUCGGACAUCAUUUGCCUCCUCUUCAUCCCAGUGCAAUGGCUGUUCUUCGCUGCCAGUACCUAUGUGUGGGUGCAGUAUGUUUGGCACACAGAGAGAGGGGUGUGUCUCCCCACCGUGUCUCUAUGGAUACUUUUUGUGUACAUAGAGGCAGCCAUCAGAUUCAAAGACCUGAAGAACUUUCAUGUGGACUUGUGCCGUCCUUUUGCUGCACAUUGCAUUGGCUAUCCCGUGGUCACCUUGGGCUUCGGCUUCAAGAGCUACGUCAGUUAUAAAAUGCGCCUGAGAAAACAGAAGGAGGUGCAGAAGGAAAACGAGUUUUAUAUGCAACUGCUACAGCAGGCUCUGCCUCCAGAGCAACAGAUGCUUCAAAGGCAAGAGCGAGAAGCAGAAGAAGCAGCAGCAGCAGCUAAAGGAAUAUCUGAAGUGGACACACCUCCAGUGUCACAGAAUGGCGGCCCAGCCAAUAAAAAGACAACGACGCCAUUGCCUGAGCUGGAGUAUAAAGAAAAAGGGAAAGAAGGAAGGAACAGUGCAGAGAAUAAAAAGCAACACAACAGCAUCUUGCCAUCAUUAGUGGACUCUAAAAUCCCGGAGAUGGAGUAUAUUGAGAACCAUAUGAACAACAAGAGACUGACCACAGAGCUGGGAAGUACAGAGAACCUGUUGCUUAAAGAAGACAACAGUUCCUCCAGUUCCUCCUCCUCAUCCUCUUCCUCCUCUUCAAAAAAUUACAAAAAUGCAAGCAGCAAUGCUGUAAUACUCAAUUCCUCUCCACGUGGUUAUAGUGCCACCAAUGGCAGUGUGCCCUCCUCUGCACAGUCAUCUUCCACAGGGAAAAACGAUAAGAAGCAUAAGUUACCGGUGGGGAAGGGGACAUCAGCGGGCUCCCACAAAGAUCCAACAGACAACUGUAUUCCCAACAAUGAGCUGAAAAAACCUGAAGGACUUGUUAGGUUGGAGCAGGACAUUAAAAAAUUGAAGGCGGACCUGCAGGCCAGCCGGCAGGUUGAGCAGGACCUUCGCAGCCAGAUUGGCUCGCUGGGCAGYGCUGAGCGUUCCAUACGCACCGAGCUGGGUCAGCUGCGCCAGGAGAACGAGCUGYUGCAGAACAAGCUUCAUAAUGCUGUGCAGGCGAAACAAAAGGACAAACAGGCUGUGGGCCAACUGGAGAAGAGGCUCAAAGCAGAGCAGGAGGCUCGAGCCACCGCAGAGAAGCAGCUGGCAGAAGAAAAGAAGCGCAAGAAGUUAGAAGAGGCUACAGCGGCUAGAGCAGUAGCACUAGCAGCAGCUUCCAGAGGAGAGUGCACAGACACGCUGAGGCGACGAAUCACAGAAUUAGAAACGGAGUGUAAAAAAUUAACAAUGGACAUCAAGCUGAAGGAGGACCAGAUACGCGAGCUUGAACUGAAAGUUCAGGAGCUUCAUAAAUAUAAGGAAAAUGAAAAAGACACAGAGGUGCUGAUGUCAGCGCUGUCAGCAAUGCAGGACAAAACCCAGCACCUUGAAAACAGUUUGAGUGCAGAGACCAGGAUCAAACUGGACCUUUUCUCUGCACUUGGAGAUGCCAAGAGGCAGCUGGAAAUCGCACAAGGUCAGAUCCUGCAGAAGGACCAAGAGAUCAAAGACUUGAAGCAGAAGAUAGCCGAAGUGAUGGCCGUCAUGCCCAGCAUCUCUUACACAGCCGACACCAGCAGCAUGACCCCCGUGGCCCCCCACUACUCCUCAAAGUUCAUGGACACCAAUUCCUCCGGUUUGGACCCCAACGCUUCGGUUUAUCAACCCCUCAAAAAGUGAACGCUCUUUCUUUCUUUUUCUUUUUUUUUUUUUCCUUUUCAGCCCCCUCUUCAUUCAUUCGCUCUACAUUUUUAAUUUCUCCUGCCGGUUGAGAACUUUUUCUGUUCUCUUUUUGCCACUUCAGAAGGAUGUUGUAUUAUGUGACUGUGUUUGUUGUAGUUAAAACAAAAGACAAAAAAACUUACAAACAUCCCACAUUAUAUAAAAAAGGCCCCAGUUUUAUUUUGUUUUUUUGAUUUUUAAUUUUUUUUUUUCUAGUGAAACCUCACAGAAUUGGGUGUGCAUCUUCAUCUCAUACAUGUUGCGCUCUCCCCUCCGCAACCAAGUUUCAGCUCUUUAGUCCUCGGGAGAAGCUGCCAUAUGUUUUCAAUUUGAUUUUACAGUUUAUAAAAUAAGCAAAAACAUAUCACUGUCACACAUUUUGACUCACUGCCUAAUUUAUUCGUCUCAUCCUACGACAUUUGUACAAGCAGAGGAAUGUCAAACACAGGAGGCACAGACAUGCCUCCUGGAUUUAAUUUAUUCUUUUACCCCAAAAAUCCACAGAAAAUUUGCUCUGCUUUGGCGUGUGGUUAAAAGUUUAUUUAUUUUUUAUUAUUAUUAUUAUUUUUUGUGGUUCUUCGUUUACACUAAGUCUAUUUCAAGGUAAUGGAAAAGUUGGUGUCAAAAAUCAGAAAAGAAUCACUCGAGACAAAGCAAAACUUUAGCGYUUGUGACAAGUUUGGUUUUCCAGAAAACCAACACUUGGUUGUAUUUUCUAAAAGUAUUCGAGCUGGCAGAGAACAGCUCUGCAUAAGGAUCAGUGCCUUGAGUUGAGGACACGAGACACCGCUCAGAAUUUCUGAAACCGUUUUAAAUAAGCUGGGAAGGAUAAGGACAAAUUCCCUUCUCAGCGACACGCUUCUUUGUAGACUUCCUACUGAUUUUCUCACUUGUAGGAAACGGAUUAUUAUCCACAUUCAGAGACAAACUGGCCAGUAACAAAUCCAAAACUAAUUUGCAGAGAAAUUCUGUAUGGGAAGAGAAACCUCCUCACGUGUCUGAGCAGAAGGUCUUUGCUGCUUUUAAACUCCAGAUGUUUUGGUUCAGCAGAUGCCCUGGUUUCUUAUUUUAAAAGGGAAAACUGUAAAGAUGGAUUGUGUAGCAUAAAGGGAAAGAAAAAUGAAAAUGCCAACUAUAAUGUUCCAGAUAACAUAAUUUGAUAUUCCCACUUCAGUUUUGUGUGCCAAGACUGUACCGCCCCUUAUCUCUAGUAACAUGUUCAAGAAUGUACUGCAAAUACAUUUGCUCUCAUUUUCAGUCAAAAAAUCAGUUCAUGGGCGUCGAGCAGGAAGAUAAUUGAUCUGUUUGUUGUAGACCUGUGUUGAAAGUAAGGAAGUAGAAAGGCACAUUAUGUUUUGUGAAUGUGACCUUAUUUACAAUUUUGGACAGCCGACUGUUGUACCUCAGUUUUUCUUACUUCAGUUUCUGGUAAUAUUGUUCUUUUAUUUAUUUAUUUUUUUGCCCCCACAGGAAGAAAUAAGCUUGUAUCUCAUGUGGUUUCGCUAUCGCCUGAAACAAUCAUUAUUGUUCAACAUCUGGUUUUCACCUACUGUAUAUGGAGAAACUUUUUGUUUUUCUUUUAAUUCAGAUUGCUGUUGUUUGCUUCUUGGAAACAUUUUGAGAAAGUGACAGUUCAGUCAGUUGUUCAGCCAACUGGUUGGUGAACGAAUAUGGAAGUUGAUUUUUUUUUUUUUGCUUGUUUUUUGUUUUCAAUGCCCACAAUCACUGUUCUGUUUUCUCCCAGGUCUGACCUUGGCUGCGCUCACACUCUGUGAGGUUUACAAGAAAUAAACUUUUCUUUUUUCUUGCAAACUUA